CCCCGUUUCACAUCCCCGACAAGUUUCUCCUGUCUCCACCACCACACCACCCACAGCCGCAAGACAGAGAGAUGUCCGCCUCUGUCUUGUCUGCGGCGCGUGAGGAGAAGUGAGCGGAGGAUAGAGGAGGCAGGGAAUUGAAGUGGAGUAGCAGCUCGUCCAGGCCACUGUCGAUAUCGCAUCUCCUGUCUCUGUGGUGAGGUUCUCCGGUGUUGGAUAAUGAAAAGGGCGAUCUUUUUGGAAGCUAUUCAGUUUGGUGAAGGAAAAGGAUUCCGUGCCUGUUCGAUUGGUGUUGGAAAUCUUCGCCCACGAACGGAUUCAGAAACGAUGCGACGUUUAUGGAUCCAGGAGUCCUGAUUCCCGGUUCGUGUGCUCAAUCGCUGGGUUCUUGUCGUAGAUUUUUGCGGCGUCUUUGUUGAAAGUAGCUUCGGGGACGAACUUUUUGGGGUAAAAAAUUUGAUCUUGGUAUGGAAGGAAGGCAGCUGCGGCGGCGCAGCGUGACGCUGUCGGAGCAGCUAUCCGUCGGCGAUUCCUCCAAUCUCCGAGACCUUCUCAACGUUCGGGACGAGGACGAGACACGCCUCUUCCGGCGCGGGCCGUGCGAGGGGAGGGAGGGCUCCGUGGCCUCAGGCGGCGGAAGGACGCUGCUUGACAUCAUCCAGCGGGAACACGAGGGGAAUGGGAUCAUCGCCGGUGGUAUUUCCAGCAACGGCAGCACCUGGAGGUCGUUAAGAGAUCGCCUCCGCCCUGCCGGCGCCGCCUGGGAGGCGGCGUCCUCCGGCCAAAGUCACCCGACCUUGGACCCUGAGCUCGUCGCCUCCACCCGUCCCAACCCCGACCUCGCACGCUCUGUUUCCCGCUCGGUCUCCGUUGAGAACUCGGAGCCGGGCGUCCCAGAAUCUACGGCCAUGUCCACAGCAGCCGAACCGCCCUCGGUCAAUGGAGGAGGAAGCGACGAAAUCAACGGCCGCGAGAACUCCGAGGAGCAGCCGGAGAGGGUGUCGCUAAUGGCUUUACUGGAGCAGACCGACAGGCAAUGGGAUGAAAGCAGGAACGAGGAGGAAGACGAGGUGGCGGCGGAGGAAGCAAUGGGCCGGGGAGGGGGCAUGUUGUACGUGUGCUGUGUGUGCAUGGUGCGGCACAAGGGGGCGGCGUUCAUCCCUUGCGGCCACACCUUCUGCCGGCUGUGCUCGCGGGAGCUUUGGCUGAGCCGGGGCAGCUGCCCCCUCUGCAAUGGCUUCAUCCUGGAGAUCCUCGACAUCUUCUAGUGCCCACUCCCCUUCUUCAUCUCUGUGCCGCCGCCGCCGCCGCCGCCGCCGCCGCCGCCACCUCCACCUCAACAUCUCUGGUAAUUGCUCCUCGCUUUGUGAUAAUAUAAUUAUUAGAAAUUAUCGUCAAAUUUGAUGCUGCUAAAUGUUAGUGAUGAGUGAUUGAUAAAUUGAACCUUGUUGAAGACCAAUGUAAGAACUCGUCUCUGUAGCUAUCCAUAGUCUCCUCUCUCGGGAGCAGUGCAGAUGGUAGCAAAAAAGCACGGCAGUUUUGUUUU